AAGACAACUCUCUAGUCUCUCUCUCUCUUUCUCUCUCUUCUCCGGGUACUCUUGAAGAGAAUAUCGAGCUAUAUAUAUAUAUAUAUAUAUAUAUAUAUAUACACACGUACAUCUAAUAUAGUAAUCAAGCAUCAAGAGUAAAGUGGUCAGGUCAAUGGAGACUAUAAACAACAAGGAAACCAAUCCUAGGGUUUCCAAGGAGUUCAGCAAAGGAGCUUGGACAGCCGAAGAAGACCGGAAACUCGCUGAGGUUAUCGCAGUUCAUGGCCCAAAGAGGUGGAAGACUGUUGCCGCAAAAGCAGGGUUCAAUCGUUGCGGGAAGAGCUGCCGAUUGAGGUGGCUGAAUUAUCUGAGACCCAAUAUCAAGAGAGGCAACAUAACGGACCAAGAAGAAGACUUGAUCCUAAGGCUUCAUAAACUACUCGGAAACAGGUGGUCGCUGAUUGCAGGAAGGCUACCUGGUCGAACAGAUAAUGAGAUAAAGAACUAUUGGAAUUCUCAUUUGAGCAAGAAAAUAAACCCGAAGCAGAAACCAGGUCCAGCCCCUAGGAAGGGGACCUCUAUAGUCGAAAAAGCACCGCAGUUAGCAGACAGUAAUAAAGCGAACAUGUACCAUAUACAAGCGAUAAAAGACCGGAGCACGGCUACUGAUGGCACUACGACCUCCGAGGGAGAACACUCCUCAUCGAAACAGUCCACCCCAUCGUUCGAUAUCAACGGCGCGGAUGACGAUUUCUUCGACUUCUCCAAUGAGAGUCCACUGAAUUUGGAGUGGGUCAGCAGGUUCCUUGAAUUUGAUUCACGCCAUCAUCAAUCGUGAGAAAAGCUUCAGCAUUUGUGCUGUGCCCCCCAUAGAGUGAACUAUAAAUGAUGCGGUGCGGAGGGCUCUUGUUGGGAAGGAGUAGUGUGUCAAUAGUUAAAAGAAAAAUCGAACUAAUAUGUAAUUACUUGUAUGGCUCGAAACAUUGUCGAAUAAUAUGUGUGCGCUCUGCGUGAGAGUUGAGAUAUUAACCUCUUCGAUAUCAAUCGUAGUCGACUUUGUUUAUCUUCAUGUA